AUGUCGGCUGCUUCCCACCUACAUGACGCUCUUAAUAAAGAACACAUAGACAUUUGUGGUAUCUCCGAGCACUGGCUCUUCGAAGAGAAUAGGCACCUCUUUCAGAGCAUUCACAGAGACUAUGAUGCGUUCGUCAUCUCAGAUUUUUCAUUACAUCCAUGUGCGGAGCGACGGUCGCGCAAAGGUGGCGUUGCAAUAUUAUGGCAUAGAAGACUAUCCGGUCGUGUUACAGUGGUCGAGUCUGAUGACGACAGAAUAGCUAUUAUCAAACUUAUCACAAACAAUGGUGUUUUCUUUCUGAUCCAGGUGUAUCUUCCUACGUCUCGCUAUGGUAUUGACAUUUUUACAGACUAUGUCGAUAGACUUGAUGAUUUGUGCACUAGUUUCUCUUUGGAGGGCUCCGUUGUUCUAAUGGGGGACUUCAAUGCCCGUCUUAGUGGCCCACGCAUUCCCUUAUAUCAAAACUCGCGAGGUCGCUUGCUCCAGCGAUGUAUCGACCGACAUCAGUUGUGUGCGCUGACAACGACCGACAUAUGCGUUGGUCCGUUACAUUCAUAUGUACAUUCCGAGGAUGGUUCGUCAUCAUUGAUAGACCAUAUUAUUGUAAAUUCCUUAAAUGUUGACCUCGUGAGGAGCUGUGACGUCCUAGACCAUGAUUUUCUCGACGUGUCUAAUCACAGACCCUUAUUAGCGGAGUUACGGAUUCCUCACUCCACUCAGAAUGAAACAUGUGAAACUAUCUCUUGGAUCUCGUAUAGAUGGGUUCCUGCAGGAGAUUCUAAAAACGUUGAUGUUUAUCGAGACAAUCUGGACGUAAGCAUCAUCAACUCAGCGUUAUGGAACACACAAGAACUGUGCUCAAAGGAUGAUGUUGACAUAUUUACCAGGGGGCUCAUGAACUGCAUUCGGUUAACGUCCGAUCGGGUAUUGCCUAAACGAAAGUUUUGUAAAUUCCUGAAGCCAUACUGGAAUGGUCAACUGAAGGAGUUACAUCGUAAUACGUGGAGGCUUCGCCAGGUUUGGGUCUCUGAGGGACGGCCUCGAGGUUCUAAUACCCGUUCCUUUAGGCUUUAUAAAGAUUCUAAACGCUUAUUCAGGAAUAAACACCGGCAGAUAUCUGAAAAACAUAUUGUAGACCUUAAUGACGAAAUAGAGAAAUGUGCUGACGUUGAUCAGAAGUCCUUUUGGUCCCUCAUUAACAAACGCCGCAAGUCCUCCGCUGGAACUGUCGGUGCAGACAUGAACUUUAAUGAAGUGACGAUUAGGGAUCCAGCUCUUUUGGCCCUUCACUGGGGGAAUUAUUUUGAAGACAUUUAUUCAAAGUCUAAUUGUAAUAAUUUUGAUUCACGUUUUGAAAAACGAGUUAAUGAAUCCAUUGUCAGUAGUUUAUGUUGUGACAUCGAUGAUAAUUUCGAGGAGUUUUCCUUAACCGAUAUCAAGAAUGUUUGUAAAAGCUUACCAUGUGGUAAAGCAGCUGGUUACGACCCUAUCGUUUACGAGCACCUUUUAUAUGCUCCUGACACUUUGUACUAG